AUGUCGGCGUGCGACAAGGAAGCAAAGACGCGGGAACAAGGCGGUCAUUCAGCCGCAGCCUCUCAAGUUGCUGUUGAUGCUUCGGCGGCGGCCGUUUGGAAGAAUAAGGACGCCCAGGGGUGCGCAAACGAGUGGUCGGUCAAGGGAGCAAAACAGAAUUUAUUGUGGGUCUUCAAAUGGGGAUUGCAAUACCCUUCCAUCCGAAACCUACAAAGCCCAAAUUUGUGGUGCGUGAGACGUCACGCUCUCUAG